GGCUAUCUGAUGCUAGUAAAUACUACCACCCUCAUGUGAUUCAACAAGGUAUUUUGGAUGCUAAAAGUGCCAAUUUCUUUGUAUUACAACCAACAUCCACACUUCGACCAACAGUUUCCACCAGUUCAAUGUAUUGCACCACAGUUGCGAAGUGGCCCCUCUGUUAACUAUAUGCCACCUAAAUUGUCGUUCAGUAGAAAUUUAAACCCAUCUGAGUAUCAUCUGCCCUACGGUCCUGAAAUGGUAGAAGAUGGUGGUUUGUCAGACCAUACUACGUGUGUAGCUAUCUCUGUCUAUCACCCUUGGUCGUUUAAAAUGAUGAGCUCAAAACUAUCUGAUGUUGGCGAUGUGAACAGUACAAUAGAUCUUAAAAAAUCCUGUCCAUGCUGGAAAUUUCAUCCACAGUCUCUCAAACCUGAGUCCUGCUUCUAGUCAAGAUGAUUAUGACGAAGACGAUGAUGAUGAAGGCGACGAGGGAAUUCGACAGGUAUAUCAAGUCACUAGUAAAGAUAUAUAUAAGUGGCGACUGCAGUAAACAAAAACCUUUUACAGACUAGCAAAUACCAG